AUGACUUCAAACGAUGUUAAGAUACUUCCAUGGAAAAAGUCACCGUCUAUUAAGAAUUCGAACAGUCCCACGUCAUCAAAAUGGAGCGACUUUACCUCACAUAGACCCUCAAAUAGCGCAUCAUUUGCUCAACCAUCAAGUGCAGAGACCAGUCCGCGCUCCAAACUCGAGAUUAGGACACGAGGUGUCACCCCACCCUCGCACCCACUAAGCUUUCAACGACCGCAAAUCACCAGUUCGCAAUCUCUCCCUAUUGCAGCAACACACCCUUUGAUAUCCUCAAACACACCGUCUCUACCUGGGACACAGCCUUUCACCCCAACAACGUCUAAGAAGCGCGUCUUUGGCGAGAUCAUCGAUCUUACUAUCGACGACGAUGACUUCGAGCUGCCAGAACCUAUUGAGCCCAAAAAGUCGAGGAGCUCCAGUCAUUCCACUGAGGCAUCCACCGAGGCGAGGACUCAGCAGCCGGAGAAUGUCAAAAACGCUUCUUCAAAACCCGUUCUCAAACUUAGACAUUCGAAGACGAAAGAGAAGACUCUAUAUUCCCACUUAGCAAACUCUGGAGUCUCCUCUCGCAAAUCAGCUCCUACGAUUAUCAUACCGCCGCCACAGCCAUCACCUCAAGAACGCCGGCGUAUCUUUAUCGAGAAUCUCUCAGUACUCGACGAUGUAUCUGUAGUCAAUAUAGUUGACGAUUCAUCACCUCCUCUCGACUUUGAAUUCGUUACCAACAACAUUCUCCGAGAUGGAGUUCAACAAACGUCGGAAGAUUUCAUGAUCGGGUGCAAAUGCCGAAAAGACAACGGGCGCCACAUGGGUUGCGAAUAUCUAUCUUGUGAAUGUCUGGAGGAGUCGGUAAAUUCUGAGGGCAAGAAACGAUUCCCGUACUCACAGGCUAAAUUCAACACUGCCUGUCUAAGGGAUGCAUUCAUCAACGGAAGGAAUCAUAUCUUUGAAUGCAAUAGCCGCUGCAACUGUGACAGUAAUUGCAAGAAUCGAGUCGUGCAGCAUGGAAGGAAGGUUGGACUGGAGAUCUUCAAGACAACUAAUAGGGGCUGGGGACUUCGUUGUACGCAAAACCUGAAGAGGGGCCAAUUCAUUGACACUUACCGCGGAGAGAUUAUCACUCACGAGGAAGCAAACCGUCGCGGAGAAACACGCACCUCAGACCAGGAGAUAUACUUCAUGGGUCUUGACAAGUGGGGUGAGAAAGAUGGGGGUUCGCUGUACGUGUGUGAUGGCAUGCAUCUAGGGGGGCCUACUCGCUUUAUCAACCACUCCUGUGACCCCAAUUGCGCGAUAUACACCGUCUCCUACAAUCACUCCGAUAUCAACCUCUACGAUCUCGCCUUCUUCGCGACAGAGGCAAUCCCAGCUGGGACGGAAUUGACGUUCAACUACGUGGAUGAUGACAAGACGGACAUCAUCACAGAAGAGAAAGCUGAUGAGAUGCAGAGGGAAAACGGUUAUCGUCCUGCAAAAUGUCUGUGUGGGAGUACCCGCUGCCGUGGAUAUUUCUUCACUUGA